AUGGGGAGCAAGAACCUCCUCCACCACCUCCACGGCGGCGGCGGGAGCAAGAAGGACCCUCAUCAUCAUAAUCAUCAGCAGCAGCAGCAGGUGCGGAAAGGUUUCCUGGCGGUGAUGGUGGGGGAGGAAGGGGAGGAGCGGCAGCGCUUCGUGGUACCGGUGGCGUAUCUCAGCCACCCGCUCUUCUUGCAGCUGCUCAAGGAAGCGGAAGAAGAGUACGGCUUCAACCAGAAGGGCGCCAUCGCGCUUCCCUGCAACGUCCCCGAGUUUCGCUACGUUCAGGGGCUCAUCGAUGGGGAGAUCGCCGCUGCCUCUGGCGUCCACGGUGGCGGCGGCGGCCUGUUCCGCCAGCACUCCCACUCCCACCCCCACCACCACCACAACCUCGUCGCCUGUUUCCGCGCCUGA